AUGAUCUCCUCCGUCUUCUCCAUGUUCAGAAUCAUGCCGUUAUCUCUGAACCAGCCCACCAGCUACUCCAGCUUCUUUCUGUAUGCAUGCUCCUUUUUAGGAGCUCGGGAUAUGUACAGAGCCUACAGCGACAUGAGAGAGGCCAACUGGAAAAAUUCUGACAAAUACUUUCAUGCCAGAGGAAACCAUGAUGCGGCGGAGAGAGGAGCAGGGGGGAGAUGGGCUGCUGAGGUUAUCAGCAAUGCCAGAGAGUGGAUACAGGAAAGAACUGGUCGUGGUGCUUCGGACUCAGAAGCUGAUCAAGAAGCAAAUCGUUGGGGUCGGAGCGGAGGAGAUCCCAACCGUUACAGACCCGCAGGCCUUCCUGAUAAAGCCUUUGCAAAAAUGAAGCUGCUUUUAGCAGGAAUUGUUCUCACCUUCCUCACUAUAUGUGACGCUCAGUGGUACAUGUUUCCUGUUGAAGCUGCUCAAGGAGCUCGUGAUAUGUACAGAGCCUACAGCGAAAUGAAAGAGGCCAACUACAAAAAUUCUGACAAAUACUUUCAUGCCAAAGGAAACAAUUUAGCUGCGAAGAGAGGAGCAGGAGGGGAGUGGGCUGCUACGAUUAUCAGCGAUGGCAGAGAGUGGUGGCAGAUAAAAACUGGUCGUGGUGCUUCGGACUCAGAAGCUGAUCAAGAAGCAAAUCGUUGGGGUCGGAGCGGAGGAGAUCCCAACCGUUACAGACCCCCAGGCCUACCUUCUAAAUACUGA